AUGUCCCCAAUGGCUCUCGAGAAGGAAGACAAGCAGCGCGACGCCGCGUACAAGGAUGCCCUUCACGGCACUUCUGGCCAAGUGCGUGGCGGUACCUGGGCCAUGAUGAACAAGAAGUCCAAUGCUGCCAACGAGGCUGCCGUGGAUGAGUACUUCAAGCACUGGGACAACAAGGCCGCUGGCGACGAGACUGCCGAGGUUCGCGAGGCGCGCAGGAAAGAGUAUGCGACGCUCACCAGGCACUACUACAACCUUGCUACCGACUUCUACGAGAUGGGCUGGGCUCAAUCAUUCCAUUUCUGCCGCUUCGCCUACGGCGAGCCCUUCAAGCAGGCUCUUGCCCGUCACGAGCACUACCUCGCUCACGUCAUGGGCCUGAGGGACAACAUGAAUGUUCUUGAUGUUGGUUGCGGUGUUGGUGGCCCGGCCCGCGAGAUCUGCAAGUUCUCUGGUGCCAACAUCACUGGUCUCAACAACAACGACUACCAGAUUGAUCGUGCCACCUGGUACGCGCAGAAGGAGGGCCUUGCGGACAAGCUGAAGUUUGUCAAGGGUGACUUCAUGCAAAUGUCGUUCGCCGACAACACUUUCGACGCUGUCUACGCCAUUGAAGCCACCGUCCACGCUCCUUCGCUCGAGGGCAUCUACUCGGAGAUUUUCCGCGUCCUGAAGCCCGGCGGUGUCUUUGGCGUGUACGAGUGGCUCAUGACCGACAAGUACGACAACGACAACCCCCACCACCGCGAGAUCCGUCUGGGCAUCGAGCUUGGCGACGGUAUUUCCAACAUGGAGAAGAUUGAGGUCGCCCUCGAGGCCAUGAAGAAGGCCGGCUUCGAGCUGGAGCUCCAUGAGGAUCUCGCUGACCGCGACGACCCGCGGCCGUGGUACUGGCCGCUCACCGGUGACUUCAAGCAGAUGAGCUCCAUCUGGGAGUUUGUCACCAUUUUCAGAAUGCACAAGAUCGGCCGCACCAUGGCACACAAGUUCUGCGGUGGCCUGGAGUGGCUCGGUCUGGCGCCCAAGGGCACGCAGAAGACUGCGGACAGCCUGGCGGUCGCCGGCGACUCGCUUGUUGCUGGCGGUCAGGAGAAGCUUUUCACGCCCAUGUACUUGAUGGUCGGCCGCAAGCCCCAGGCAUAA